GCUAGCAGAUAGUCGGUAACUCAAGCCCUCUGUUUCUUCUCGGUUUCUUUUUACCGCAAUAUGAAGGUUUCUGGUGUUACAUGGUGGUUCUGUCAGAUUCUAUAUAUCCUGACAGCAUUGUGUUAUUUGGCAGCAGUUGCUGCUGAUUCGGACAAACUCCCCACUGCUAGAAACCUCCAAGACAACCAGGUACAGCAUGCGCACAUCACGCCAGUACCGUCAGAGGUAGAAGUCUGCGAGGGGGAGAACGUAGCCUUCACCUUCAAUGUGACGAUACCGGCGAACCUCGCACUAGAUCGCCUGUACGAAAGAACAGUCUGGUCCCCUGACAGAGAGAACCACUGUGUCAUCCUGAGAAACAAUUCGAAAUGCUACGGUGCUCUAGACUUCAUCCUGCGCGCUGGGAUUACGGAGAGCUGGUCUCCUGCAGGAGAACACACCAGACUUGGCAAGCUCACGCUGCAGCUGAACAACGUCAGUAUGGGCGAUACCGGUUAUUAUGAAGGGGAACUAAAAGCCGGAUUCAUCGUUACCAACGCCAAAACCAUGCUAAUUGUGAAAGGUAUAUCUGUUUCAUGUACAUGUACGUCUAUUCAGGUCAUGUUUAUACAUAUAGCUACUGAUCCCUACAAGAUUUUGUUCAAUUCCUUCCUAAGACAUAUCACCAUAUCACAUAUGAGGGCGAUGUCCAUUUUCGUUUCACAUAAUAUACGAGGGGCAUUCAAUAAGUAA